AUGAAGUCUAUCGUGCUGGCUCCGUACCGCGUCGAGGUGCUUUUUGUGCUCUGCACCCUGCUGAACGGCAAACGCAAGGUCGACUUCCAGGAGCGACUGGCCGAGAUGGGACUGGUCACGACGCUCAACCUCAUGUUCGACAAGUUCCAGUGGGACGCCACGGUCACGCCCAGCCCGGCGCACGAGCCCUUACACGGACCUGGCUGUGACUGCAGUCUGGACGCGUCGUUGAAGAUCCAGUUCUUGCGCUUGAUUCACAACUUUUGCGACCGCGACUACAGCGACAAUAGCAGCAAGUUGCUGCUGCUCAGUGAGCACGAGAUCCAGCUGAUGAAUGAAGGCGGCUCGACGUCUAUCAACCUCGACCACGCGGACAAGGGACUGCUGUCCAAGAUCAUCCACGCGAUGAUAGAGCAGCCAGUGGACUCGAUCUACCGCUUCUGGCUGGCCUCGUGUGUGGAAGCCUUCUUGCGGCGUGCGGCUCCGAGUGAGCAGCUCUUCGUUGCGCGUACACCUCUGCUGAAGGCGCUGAUAGCGGAGAUUCUCAGUGGAGGCGCGUACCGUUCGCAGGGCAGCUUCCAGUCGGCCUUUGAUCUGCUUGGAGAGAUGACCAAGGGCAACCGAGAGACGCUGCGGCUGUUCCAUGGACUUCUGAGCAACACCCAGUUCGCGACUUUCAUGGAAGUGGUCCUUUUGAACUUGGUGGACUCGAAUGUGUUCAUCCGGUCGAUGCUUUUGUCUUGUGAGAAAUUCGCAAAGCAGCCGGAGAGCGGGACGUUUGGCGUGGCUGACGACUGCGAGAUGGACCGCAUGAGCGAGUUCCUGGCUGUGAAUCUGGUGCGGCUGCUGCGUGAUCUCAUGACGAUCGUGACGAUGGACGACAUCAACCACGAGAACAUUUGCUCGACUGCCAGCGAUCCUGGAGGCCCUGCGCGACCACGAAGUUAA